AUGCAGUUAUUCUUUAUUCCAAUGGAUAAUAAACACAUCACAAUAGACAGUUGCAAAUUAUCAAAUAAGAAUAGAUCAGCUGAAGUAGAGAAAGAAAACGUUACGGACGAAUUAUCUAUCACUGAUCACACAUCUCCUCAAACAAGACAAGUGAUUGGUACACCAGUUGGCAAGUUAACAGGCUCAACUUUCCAUAAUGUCUUUAAUAACGAGAAAACAGGAGGUAAUGGAAUGGAUGAUAAUCAAAAACUAAACUCGGAAAAGGGAAGUACUGGAGAGCUUGAUGAUCAUCAAGAAGAAAAUAAGGACAGUAAAUCUGAUGGAGAAUUAGAGCCAUCCAAUGCCAUAGUGAAAUUUUUAAGAAAUAUAAAAUGCAAUCAUCCGGUGGCUUUUAACAGAAUUUUUGCCGCUGUGUCUAUUACACUCUUUAUAAUUGCCACAUAUAUGCCACUUUAUGGUAAGGUCUUGCUGUGUCUACUGGAGUUAGUAAUUAUAGCAGUAAAUUAUAUAGCGGGAGACAUACAUGCUCUUAGUGAAUCUGUUUACUUAUUUUUCUGGCUACUAGUAGCUUUCUUUUCGCUGAUUACUUGGCCAAUUAGUGCAUAUGCUUGUAUUCUGAUGUUUAUUUGUAUGUCUUCUUACUCAGCAGAAGGUUCUUUCGAAAAAAAGGAUUAUUUGGGUCUUAUCACAUCUGUUUUUGGACCAGCUUUUAUUAUCUUGUCAUUCGUAUUUCCUGAUUGGGCUCGAUCAGUAAAGCCCAAAAUGAUAUAUGUAUCUGCGGUGUCAUUCCUUUUCUUCAUUACUAUAUUUUGCAAUAUAGGACUUGUUUACAAAUUAGUUAAAUUUGUAAAAAAUUAUAUUGAUAGACUGUUUUAUAAUCUUAUUAAGAAGGGGCAUAAUAGAGUUCUAAAAAUAAAAAACCAAGAACUAGCUAAAUUGAAUAAUGAAGAAGCAUCUCAGAACAAAGAGAAAAUAGAUGAACUAAAAAAAGAAAUUGAGAAAUUGGAACAAAAUCUAGAAUUUGUUGAAGGUAAGAUUACUGAUAAUAAAAAUGAAACAAUUAGUUUAGAUGAAAUAUAUGGACUAACACCAUAUACUGAGAGCUGCAAUGUGCUAAAAUCUUUCAGUAAGUACUGGUUCAUUGUUCUUCCUGUUGUAUCAAUUAUUGCGGGAACAGGACUUUUAUUCAUGAUCUGUUACCUCGAUUCAAAGAUGCCUGUCAGUGAAUAUAUUCCUUUGUUCUUCCAGAAAUUAAAGGACAGUUUGUUCCUAAUGAGUAUAUUCAUUUCAAACACUUCUGCCUAG